AAAUGUCUAUUGUCUUGUUAAACGUUAGCUAGCUAAAUCUGCGACGGUUGUACGGGCGGCGGUGACAGUUAGAGAAGAGAUGACGUAUUUUUCUCACGCCGGGUUACGUGAAUCUAUCGUAGCUGUUAUUUGUUGUUGUUUGUUAGCAUCUGUAGAUUUGGAGAAGGGGGGCUACUCGCUCGCGUUAGCUAAUUGCCAAGCUCAGCUGUGAACGCCAUGUCAGUGGCUAGCUGGCUAAUAACAGUUAGUCUGGAGGCAGAGAGCUGGUCGGUGACCGAGGAGCUGGUCACUGCCGCCGCGUCACGACUGAGACAUCUCAAUCAGAGGUCAAACACUGGUGUCUGUGCUGCAGGGUGCGUCUGCUCCCGGUGAGACAGAUGUUAUGACACCAGAAGAUACCAACAGGCUGUAUAUGUGAGGGAUGGACUCCGAAAACUCAGACGACUACGGACCAGAUGUGAUCCUCAUUGAAGAUGAUGAGCAAGAAAUCGGAUGCCUGAUCAACUCUGAUGGAGAAGAAGUGGAUUACCCAGCUCACAAAACUGGAAGAGAGCCAGAACCUGAACACAGCAGCUCCUAUGAAGAGCCUCAGUCAGAGCCUGAGCCCGAGGAGCCGAAACAAGACCAGGCACCUCGCAGACCCAAGAAGAAAUAUGAAUGUCUGGCCUGUGGAAAGGUGUUCUCUCACAACACCCAUCUGCGACGGCACCUUGUGAUUCAUUCUGGGAAAAAACCUUACAAGUGCUUCAUAUGUGGGAGAGGAUUCACCCAGAGUGGAAACCUCAAAACACACAUGAAAGUUCACAGAGGAGAACUACCAAAGUGGACAUUAGUUAAAGAGAAGAGUCCUCCUGAAGAAACUCCUGUAGUUCAUCUGUGUGGAGAGUGUGGGAUGGACUUCCCUCAGAAACAGCAGCUGGAGGAACAUCGCAAGAGUCACAAAAAGCCUUUUGAAUGUCCUGACUGUGACAAGACAUUUAAAAACGAAUAUUAUUUUAAACUGCAUAAACGUGUUCACACGGGAGAGUCCUCUUUCAUCUGUUCACAGUGUGGAAAGAGUUGUGUCACAGCAGAUUCCCUUAAAAAGCACGAGUUGAGACACACCGGACAAAAGAACUUUCACUGUGAUCAGUGCGGGAGGUCGUUUUCACAAUCCUACAACCUGAAUGUGCAUCUCAAGACUCACACCGGAGAGCGGCCUCACCUCUGCUCCAUCUGCGGUAAAAGUUACUCCCAAGCACGUGUUCUGAAAGUUCAUCUGCGUGUUCACACUGGAGAGAAACCGUACACCUGUGAGAAAUGUGGAAAGUGCUUCUAUUACUCUCAAGGGUAUCGAGCGCAUCUGAAGAUCCACGACAAGAAGCCAAAACCUCCAACAAAACAGCUGGGGAGACCAAAACAACAGCUGUUAUUGGUAAAUGAUUAAUAAUAUCACCUGGGAAUGAACAACAUUCUAGUAUUAUAUAAAGGGGAAAGUGAAUAUAUCACGGUUCGCUUCUCUAUUACCAUGUGAGAUAAACAUCUUUCAGGUGACUGGUUAACUGACUGGCUAAGCAGUAUUAUAAGGUGUACAGUCACCUCCAUUAUUGCAUAAAUGUAGUGGAAUAUAAUAUUUAAGAAAAUAAAUCAUGAUAAUGUGAAUUGUG